AUGGCCGAAUCCCCUGGCUCCCCCCUCUCCUCCGUGGCCUCCGACGACAUGUCGGAUCGCGACGACUCCAAGCAGGGUUUCUCUCCAUCAGCAGCAGGCGCCAACAUGCCGCCGUCGAAGCGUCGCCGCACCGGAAUGGCCUCCUGGGACCGUAACACGCCCUUAUCGACAUCCUUCCAGGAUGAACUGCCCGCGCCGCCGUCGCCGUCCUCUUCCAUAUCGUCCGAUACGUCCGGCGAGAUUCCCAACUCACCCAACACGCUGUCGCUCAUCGGGGCAAACCAGGACGAGGACUACAGCGGGCAAUGCAACGACCAGGUCACCGUGUGCCGGUGGGAGGGUUGCGAUUUUAAAGACCUCGGGAACAUGGACGACUUGGUCCAACACAUCCACAACGAGCAUGUCGGUAGCCGACAGAAGAAAUACUCCUGCGAAUGGUCCGAUUGUCCUCGAAAGGGUCAAACGCAUGCGAGCGGCUACGCAUUGCGCGCUCACAUGAGGAGCCAUACGAGGGAAAAGCCUUUUUACUGCUCGCUUCCUGAAUGCGACCGCAGUUUCACCCGCUCCGAUGCCCUAGCAAAACACAUGCGAACCGUCCACGAAACGGAAGCUCUCCGCCCAUCUGAUCCUGUCCCCAAACGUCACGACAUCCUCUCCUCCGCAGGAACGCCGGUCGGCACGCCUGCCAGCAAACUCCAGCGCAUCAAGCUAAAGCUCUCACAUCCACCCAGAGACGACAACACAGACCAAUACAGCGAGAGCAUCAACGACGACACAGCGGGGACUGAAGACGCCGACGAGUUCGAGGUCCCCGAGUUCACCGCUGAGAAUGGCUUCGAUGACCACGAACUCGAGAUGAGUCCACAUGAGCUGUAUAGGCUGCUCCGAAGACAGAUCCACUGGGCUGAGCAGGAGGGUGUGGAGCUCCAGGGUGAAUGGGAUAAGAUCCGGCCGAAGCGGAAAGAGGCGUGGGCAGAGAAGGAGGCGAUAUUUGAUGAUAUGAUUGAUGCUCAAGUGAGGCUUCUGAGUGCGGUCAUGAAUGCGCGGGGUCUGACUCCUGGCCAACCUCUUGCUGCCACUGCGGCAGCAAAUGGAGCUACCAGGAAGCAGGCGCCGCCGCAGAUAGCGGCGGGGAACGGACAAGCUCGAGACUCGAUUCCGCUGUGA